AUGCGUCGUGAUACGGAUAGGUCCUCUUGUUUUCCUCCUCCUACCACCGCUAAUAAUCCACCUAAUAUACAACCAAGAUUGCUAGUUCCAAUUAAAGAUAUGGAGAAUAUGGUACCAUUUGGGAACAUCGGAACUAAUUCAUCCGUAGUUUUAGAUUCGGUUCCAUGUGGAAUGAGUCAACAAAUUUCGAGUGCUCCAAGUGGAAUUUGUACAACACAAACGCCCAAUAUGAUAAUUCAAAAUUCCAGUUUGCCUGGCAUCAUCCCGAGGAUGGAUCAACAAACUUCUAAUCUAAUUACUAACGCCACUAUUGCGAAUUUUAUCUCUAAAUUAGCCUCAAACAUUUCUACCUCUCUUAUGGAUCGAGCUGUCGUAAAUGUUACGAAAAGUCGAGCCAUGAAUAAUCCCAUUUCCUCAUUGGAGGAGAUUGGCGAACUCGUGUCCGGUCUUUCAAUAUUGACUAAUAAUUUGAACGCGUCCAUUGCAAAUAUAAUUAUGCCUAAUAAUCGGAUUUCUCCAACUUCAAAUAUUCAAAACAUCGUUCCACCAACUAAUAGUAGUAGUUCGUUUGCUUCGGAUACCUUGAAGUCCCUACUCACAAAACCAAGUGCUCAACAACUUAGUGGAAAAGAAAAUCUACCUAUUGUUAUUGAUGACGACAGUGGUAAUGGUAGGAAUGAAAAUAUUCAGACAUUGAAACCAGUCCGGAACAGAACUCAGAGGAACCAACGGCGGAAGGGCGUCAGCAGGGAGGAGGUUAAGCAGUUUAUCAACCGAAGUUGA